GGUCGAAUCGCCGUCAUUAUUGCCGAAUCUGCACCGAACUACUAAAAAAACCGUCUUCAAAAUACUCGCCAGUCGUUACCUAACUUUUAAUACCGUCUUCUCGAUUCCGAUGGUUGUAUAAGUCUGCGAAAUCGCCGCGUAUUCUCGCCGUCUCACCCGCCGCGAGAUUGCUACAGUUGUCUUAAUAAUAUAUUUGUGUACGAUACGGUAAAAUGGCCAGCAUGUACAUCCGGAGACACGGAAGUGUCGUCGUCGACUCGCCGUCAUCGUCGUUGGCCGCGCAUUCGCGAAAUCAGCAGAUUCCAGCGGUGGCGGCAUUUCCAUGGCGGUCCGACUCGUACCAAGUGAACGGUCCCUGCAGCAGCGUCGAUCCGCUUGGCAAUAAUCCGCUGCCGGCUGAGCCCGGGGCAGUCGUCCAGUUCACCAAGUCCAGGCACAACUGUCCCGUACACGACGACGACCUGCAGUCAACUCACCAUUUUCAACAAGAAUUUAUCUCUGUGAUCGGCGAAAGUAGAAAAUCAAUAACAUUUCAAAACAAUAACGAGUCACCAUCAAGUAUACAGCUCUCCUGGUGGUACAUAUUCUGUCUGAAAUGCCGUCAGAAGGAAGUGGGGCCCGGAUGGGAGCCGGGAUGCUGGUCGAAGACGUGCCCGCAUCCGUACUGCCCGUCGUUCCGGCACGUGGCCCGGAUCCUCGCACUGCUCGUCACCGUCGCGCUCUUCUGGGGCGUGGUGCUGACCGUAAUGGGCUUGGACGCCAAACCGGGCGGACAACUGUUCAGCAUCGCCGUGCUAGUGGUGUUCGCGUACCUGGGCGGAUGGGUGUUCCGCAUGCUCACCUUGCCCGCACUCGUCGGCAUGCUCCUGGUCGGCAUCGUCUACAAGAACGUCGGUCUCAUCCACAUAGAAGGUCACUACACGGAGCUCGUGUCCAUGUUGAGAAAAAUUGCAUUAGUGGUGAUAUUCACGAGAGCAGGAUUGGACUUGGACCCGGUAGCAUUGAAAAAACUAUACUGUAGAGUGUUGUUCCUUGCUCUCAUCCCGUGGUGUACCGAAGCAGCCGUAAUCGCGGUCACCGUUCACUAUCUAUUGGAUCUUCCGUGGCAGUUCGCUAUACUUUGCGGAUCGAUUAUCGCUGCCGUGGCUCCAGCAGUAGUGGUCCCUUGCCUUUUUCGUCUGAGAACGAAGGGCUACGGUGUGGCCAAAGGAAUCCCGACGUUGAUCAUAGCAGUCGCUGGGAUUGACGACGCCGCAUCCGUCAUAGCUUUUGGAGUGGGUACCAGUAUGCUUUUUGGAUCAAAUUCAGUUACUUAUGAUUUAUUGUUAAGUCCGGUGUCAAUAGCAGCUGGUAUAUUGUACGGUUUAGUUUGGGGUUUUAUUGUUAAAUACGUUCCAGAACGAACUGAUCCUUUUGUGGUACCAUUGCGCAUUUUAAUGUUGUCUGGAGGUGGAUUGUUAGCUGUAUUGGGUUUUGAACGUACAAGUUUAGAAGGCGCCGGUCCAUUAGCUGUGAUCAUCUCAUCGUUCACUUCAAUUUAUUUUUGGACUAAACAAGGGUGGAAUAUUGAGGAUAACCCAGUGGCCACGGCUUUUGAAAUAUUUUGGAUGAUUUGCGAACCAAUACUGUUUGGAUUGACAGGCACACAAAUUGUACUCAAUGAACUCGACCUGAAAUUCGUAACAGUAACGGUUAUGUGUGUCGCCAUCGCUUUUGUGUCACGGAUUUUUAUAACGAUCAUAGCAGCGUCCGGGAGUUCUUUGAAUUUUAAAGAAAAACUGUUUAUCGCGUUAUCGUGGAUGGCCAAAGCAUCUGUUCAAGCCGCUCUGGGACCGGCCAUACUGGAAGUUGCUACCAACAACAAAAACUCGGAACACAUCGGGUACUCCCGGACGAUCGUGAUGGUGUGCAUAAUCUCCAUCCUGUUGACCGCCCCGGCGGGCGCGAUCAUCGUCUCGCUGUCCGGUCCCAAGCUGCUGACCAAGGCCAAGCCUAGCAACGAGCAGUGGCGCCGCGGCCCGAGACCGUCGAUCCGCGACAUCACGCUGAACAGCGAGGACGAGGAAAACGGCACGAGCGUGAGCAACGACCAGGCGCAGGAGUGCAGCAGCGACGCGGCAAAAGCGGAGUGCACGGCCGAGGACCGGAGCGACAAGAUCUGAGGCCGCGAGAAUUACAUCAUUGUCGAAAAAAAAAAAAUCGAAAAUUCAUCUCGUCGCCAUUACACGUAUACAAUAAUGAUAUGGCGAUAACUUUAUAUAGUAUAUUAUAUGACGAUAUUACACUGUAAUAUAAUAUAUUAUUAUACGUAUAUCAUACAUUUAUUAUAUACGAAUGGUAUACGCGGCCGUAGGUGAAUCUCGAUUUCCGAUUUCCGGAUCGGACGUUUUUGUUUUAAUUUUUUUAUAAUUCCCAUGUACAGUCUAUACAAUAUUAUGGUCCUGUUACGAUGUUUCAUAUUUUAUAGACGGGUUAUAUAGUUUAUGCAUUAUGCGACGGUUUAAAAUUUAAAUAUUUUAUGUGAUCAUCAUUCAUGUUCACGUAAUACUGGACAAUAUAAUAAAGCCAGUACCUUUAUCUCCCUCCAUCCCUACUCCGGUUUUGUAAAAUUAUUCAGCUCUUCAUUAUUUUUUUCGAUAUUUUUAAUUAAUGUGUUAAAUAAGAAUAAUAGUCUUAAGUUAGUGGGAGGUACUUAAUUAUAUUAAUUAGCAUUUGUUAAUUUAUUUCAUCAGAAUAAAGUAAAUACAAUUACACCAUAUCAUAUAUUAUUAUGCGUUAAACUUAUAUGAUUGUGUUGGUUAGGUAUCAAUUUAUUAUAUGUGUAACAACUAAAAAUCAUGUAUAAUAAACAAUUUCACUAUAUAUAAUAAUGUAUACAUGACGAUAAAUAACGUUAAACGCAAAAUAACAUUAUUCACCAA